GAUAUAGCAACAUACAGGACACAAUGGGUUAAGUGAGAUUUAUGCGGGAAAAAACAUAAAAUUAAUCACACUCGGAAUAAAAGCAAAGAUCAGACGCCUAUAUGCGGUUCUACGCUGGCUGGGUGACAGCACUUAUUUCCUCGAUGGUUUCCUCGUUCAGUGUGACAAACUGCACAGUUCUUGAUUAUUAUCGCAGUGGUGAAUAUGAUAUGACCGUACCGUCCAGGCAGCUUCAGGACAAGUCUGUGUUAGUUUUGGCAUGGACUAUAUACUUCCGCAAGUUUGCCCCAAACAGACGUUUCGUUGUCGACGGGUGAAACAAUAGGCCUAGCUACGACUGGGUCUGUACUGUCUGUACCACUUUAUUAAAACCAAGCACCAAUCAUGUCUGAGGGUGAUUUGAACUCGACCAUGGCUCAGAACUUUGAAGAUCAAAAUAUAACCAUGGCCUCCACCGUUGAAGCACCUCCUGAACUUCACUCGUAUGGCGUUUUGGCGUUUGUAGCUUGCGUGUGGAUCAUCGUAGCUGUGUUGGGUAUAACAGGCAACACUAUGGUUAUCAUAGCAGCGAUUCUCAGUAAGCAAGUCCGGACGACCACUAAUGUUCUGGUGGUCAAUCUGAGUGUGGCUGAUCUGUGGACUUCCUUGUCUCUGCCUUGGUCAAGCGUGGCUUUGCUGAGUAAUGGUACCUGGCCUCUAGCUACCGAGAUCCCGUGCCAAAUAGCUGCGUUCAUGUGGCACACCGGUCUAGGAGCCAGCCUGUACAACCUGGCUUUCAUUGCGUUGAAUCGUCUUGUCAAGAUAACUUGCCCACUGGCCACCUACAAUCGCAUCUUCUCACCUCGCAAGAUGGUCUUCAUUGUCACUCUUUCCUGGCUUAUCCCGAUCUUUGUUAUCACCUUUCCACUUACUAUCGGUGUAGGUGCCUUAGGUCACGAUCUCAAACACGAUACCUGCACCGAUGACGACUUGCAUCCUCGCGCUAAUGAAUACAACCUGGUCCAAACCAUCGGAUUCUACCCCAUCCCUAUGACCACCGUCAUCGUCAGCUAUGUCAUCAUCUAUGUCCAUGUCAGGCGUCACUUCAGAAAGCAACUCACCAAGACAAAGAACAAAGACAGGUCCACAGAUGCCAUAGAGCCCAGUGCAACCAGCAUGACAUCCCUGUCAACUGCCGGUACGUCAGCUGAGGUUAUCGAGGAACGCGAAGAGCAUGAAGGUGCCACAAGAAAGCGCAAAAUCAGCCGUCAGCAGCUUCAGAUUACCAAGAAUCUCUUCUGGGUCUUCUGCGCGUUCACGCUCUGCAUCUCUCCGUACUACAUCUCACUCUUCUUUGCCAACAGUGAUGUGUUCGCUCUGUACGGCGCUACCAUCUUGAUCUUCAACAGUUGUGUUAAUCCUAUCAUCUACGGAGUCAAACACCCGCAGUUUAAGAAGGUGCUCCGGCCGAUGUUGUGGUGUAAGUGGAAGAAAAUACCACAGCCGUCUAAGACACUUCAAUCGAUCCUCUCAAUGCGCCAGAGAGAGAAUAAACCUUGAGAACAAACUGCUUACUCGGUAAACACAGGCACAGUAAUUAGCUGCUGUUUAGCAAAUUUUGUUUGCGUUUUACAACCUCCGUGACUUGUCUGUUCCUUAUUAGCCUCCGUAUAAUCAAUUACCGGCAAUGAUGCCUGGUGCAGUGACAUUUAACACUUUAUCAUACCAUUAUUAUGAGGAUAUUACUGGAUUUAUUUACCGGAUUAAGUCGCUUAUAACCUUGUAUUUUGCAAUUUAGUGACCCGUUAUCUUGUAUUAUCUGUACGAUUAUUUUUUAUA